AUAUUGCAUGCUGGCUUACUGGAUUGACUGUGACACUAAAUAGAACGGGACCAUAAUUAAUUUGAUCAAUUACACACCUGUGUUUACUCUACAUGUAAAAAUGGUUACUAAGAAGGGCCCAUUGCGCUUCACCAGAGUCUUCCACAAGCUACGCUGCUGUUUCCUGCAGGCCCGACGCCGUCCCUCCUGAUUGAAAAACACUUGACCUCAUUCUGGUACCUGAAACGGAGGAUGACCAUGACAACCUCUUGACCCAGUAUCCAAGACAACAUGAUGAGCCGGUCGAGCUAUUGAGAUUCUGUCUCUCUAUUUACAGCACGUGCCUAAAACUCAGCAGCCCCUCCCCUCGGCUCUCUCCAUGGAUGUAAUCUCUGACUUGACAACAGGUAUUUGUGAGGUCCCAGACGAAGUAAGCUGUCCAGACCUCGGCAAGCAUUUGGCAGGAGAGUCAGAGCAGAGCUCCCACAUCGCACUGUCUCUAGAAAUCCCUGUUGAAGCGUCUGCAGACAUGGGUCGUCACGAGGCCGAACCCGUAUGGAAGAAGGUCACUGAAAACAUCCAGGAUGUUUUUGACUUCAUGGAGGAGUUGGGAUCGGGGGCGUUCUCGGAGGUGUUCAUGGUGAGGGAGAAGAAGACGGGGAAGUUGAAUGCCAUGAAGUGCGUGAAGAAGAAACAGAAAAUCGACCUCAAUCUGGAGAAUGAGAUCGCCGUGUUGAGAAGAAUCAAACAUGACAAUGUGGUCGGGAUGGAAGAUUUCUAUGAAAGUUGUACCCAUUACUAUCUCAUCAUGGAGCUUGUUUCAGGCGGCGAGCUCUUUGACCGGAUACUGGACCGGGGGGUGUACUCGGAGAAGGAUGCCAGCAGCGUGAUCCAGCAGGUGCUGCAGGCCGUUAGCUAUCUGCACGAAAACGGCAUUGUGCAUCGUGACCUCAAGCCAGAGAACAUCCUGUACUACAGCCCCGAUGAGGACUCCAAGAUCAUGAUCAGCGACUUUGGCCUCUCUAAGAUGGUAGACGAUGACAUCAUGUCAACAGCUUGUGGCACCCCGGGAUACGUAGCUCCUGAAGUUUUGGCACAGAAGCCCUACAGCAAGGCAGUGGACUGCUGGUCUAUUGGAGUUAUCACCUACAUCUUACUCUGUGGAUAUCCCCCUUUUUAUGAAGAAAGUGAGACAAGACUGUUCUCCAAGAUCAUGAAGGCGCAGUAUGAGUUUGACUCGCCCUUCUGGGAUGACAUUUCUGAAUCUGCUAAAGAUUUCAUCCGUAACAUGAUGCAGAAGAAUCCCAGCAUGCGCUACUCUACUGACCUCGCGCUCAGACAUCCCUGGAUUAUCGGGAAGACGGCCCGGAGUCAGGACAUUUACUAUUCCGUCAGCGUUCAGAUCCAAAAGAACUUUGCCAAGUCCAAGUGGAAGCAAGCCUACAAUGCUACAGUAGCCAUCAACCACAUGAAGAAACUGCAGCUGGCCCACUCAGAGCUGGCCCUGAGGCAGGCCAACAUCCCAGACAUCAAGGUGGUCGACAUGUCCUCCCCAAAGAAAAGCCACAAACGUCUUGAUCCAGACAAAUUUGACCCCAAGUUGAAAGAGACCAACGGGAAAGUAAACGGGACGAUUCACAUGUCCCUGCCCACGAGCCCCAUUGAACUAAAGAGCCAUUUUCACACACUGAAAGCCACUCAGAGUCACGCCGGCCCACAACACGCGCCCACUAUGGCUGAGCAGGGCAAGAAUGUCUACCACUCAGAGCCCGCCAACCUCAACGGGUACGCUAAAAACCGCAACGGCAAGACUUUACAGACCGGAGUUUGCUCUGUCAUGUGAAGGCUGCAUGAUGUUUACAUGGAAACAUGCAUUUUACUUGGUCAGUGUUGCCGUGCUGACUCAGCAUGCAGCUGUUUUGUGUCAGCGGGUCCCCCGGUGCUGUGAACGAGAAGUGGUUGAUCCUCUGACGGACCCAAACGGUCUGCGAGGUCCACGCAGUCAGUGGGGACAUUUAUGUUUUUGGAAAGAGUGCCUCUGAAGCUUCCUAACAAACACACAGAAACACACAAACGCACACACAGAUGCACAAGACUCACUUUAACUCAGAUACACAGGAUAGACGUCAGUUAAACAGGACAGCUCAGACAGUAUUCAAGGGAUGGGCUCACUCACCUGCGCUGAAUGUCCAGCUCAUUGAUGGUGAAGCCGCCCCUGACCUCUGACCUCUGAUGUCAUGAAGGCUUUACAUCCCAUUUCCUGGUUUUAGUGUCCUCGUUUAUUAGCACUGUGGUUACAUGUUGUUUAAGAAAUUACACACAAUACAAUAUUAUUUUACUUCACGUGUAAAAUAUGAUUCUUUAGCAAACCUACAUUUGUAAGCGCAAUAGAAUACAUGGAAAACCUGCAUGCUUACUGCUUCAAAUAAGCCAUACUGGUAUAAUCUAUUCUGGUAAAUUGUUUCUUACCUUCUUUGUGUUAAUUGUUUGUUGUUCUGUUUUAUUUUUUUAUUUAUAAAGUAUUUUCUUCCUUUUUAAAAAAAAUAAAUGAUAAUGAUAAAAAAGAGCUAUACAGACAAAAAAAACAUAAUAUAUGUUCAAACAAACAAACCAAUCAUCAACAGUGUAAAUGCCACAAGUAUAUCCAUAACUUGCCAACUCAAAGCUCUCACGUCAUCAACCUGCUAGAAUAUAAAAUGUCAUCUAUAUUCACUGUAAUGGAUGUUUCUCCACUUACUGUAAGUGGUUCAUUCAAUGUGGCUUUGUGUUGAUGCAUUCAACGGAUAUUGAUCUAGUCCAUGUAUUAUGAUGGGAUCCCUGUAUGCUCAUAAAUAAAGCCUGUACAGAAUCUGCA